AAUUUAGGAAUUGUCAAAUCGAACGAAACGAGUCCUCAUCUUCAGCCAGUGUUCUAAAUAUUAUUCUUACAAAUGGCCGAUUACGGCAUAUCCGAGAAGGAGUUAAACCUCGUUAAACAGCAGGCCGCUAGGCGGGCUGAGUUGAGGAAGCAGUUCUUAAUGCAAAGGACCAAUCCCUUCAAACAUGCCUCAGAGGCUGGUUAUGUGUUUGACCCAGCUAUCCAGAAGUUUAUGUCAAUGAAAGUAACCCAGUACGACAAUUUCCAACCUAACCGCCGAACAAGUCUGUUUGGUAUCUGCGCUAUUGUGAUCCCGAUGUUCGCGUUCGGAUACCUGGUGUGGAACGACCGCAACACGCGCGAGCAGAAGAUCAGGAGCGGGGAACUCGUGUACAGGGACAGGCUCUUCAAGUUCACAUAAUUUAAUCAUUGUAAAUUAAAUAGCAAUUAUAAUAUAGUGUACAAAUCUGUGUAUUUA